CAAACAUGGAAUACUGCAGAUGCUGUUUCCCGUUGCAAGUACCAAGGAAUAACACAGAUAUGUAGGACUCUAUAUUUAAGAUGAGAUGGAGCAGCCCCCUGCAAUGCAUUCUGAAUAUCUGGUCUCAGGGAUUAGAACGCCGCCUGUGAGAAGGAACAGCAAGCUGGCAACACUGGGCAGGAUCUUCAAACCAUGGAAGUGGAGGAAAAAGAAAAAUGAGAAACUAAAGCAAACAUCAGCAGUGUUAGAGAAGAAGAUUACGGCAAGGCAAGGUCGGGAUGAACUCAUUAAGAAAGGUCUCCUGGAAAUGAUGGAACAAGAUGCUGGAGGCAAAGCAUGUGCUGCUGACGGUGCCACCAGGUCGAUGCAGAGUGAGCCUUCAUCCCCCGUAUGCCAGGCUCUUACCUCAGAAGAGAUGCAGCAGGAAAGUACAGCCGCAGCAACAAAUGCAACCUCACUUUGCGAGGAGUUGCACUCAGAGGAGCUGAAAGAUGACACAGCCAAGAAACCUUCAGCGUCCACUGAAGAACGAGAAGAUGCCUGCCUCCCAGUAACCGAAGAGACUCCACAAGCCUUACUUGUUUCUGAAUCCACAGAUUCCCCACAAAAAGCAAUGGAGAGAAACCCAGCACAGCUCUCCAGCCCUCCUUCACUUCCAAUUCCGCCACCUAAGGCGAUCUCCAAAAUCACUAAGAGUGUAACAGGACAAGCUGCCCUCUUCCAUCCAUCAGGCCAGAAAGGUGCCGACCCUCAUGUCAGAGGACAGCUACCAACGCCGACCGGUUCGCCUCAUCCCGCGACUGUCCACCUGCCUUUACCUCCCAGCAGAGUCAUCGAGGAGCUCCACAGGGCUCUGGCCACCAAACAUCGGCAGGAUAGUUUUCACGGCAGAGAAAGCAAAGGGUCUCCCAAAAAAAGAGUGGACAUCCGUCCAUCCAGAACAUCUAGCAUCGAGGGCAACAAAGAAAAGGAGAAUGCACUAAGCCACAGCAAUGAUCCGGAGAAUAAGCGGAACUCAGUCAAAGAGUCGGAUGAGAACAAAGAAAACCUGAUCAUGAACUCGGAACUCAAGGACAACUUGGUUUUUUAUCAGGAUGAAGAGGUUUUGAAUGACUCCAUUAUUUCAGGUACCUUGCCAAGAAAAUGCAAGAAGGAGCUGCUGGCAGUGAAGCUACGGAACAGGCCAAGCAAGCAGGAGCUGGAAGACAGGAACAUUUUCCCCAGGAGGACAGAUGAGGAACGUCAGGAAAUCCGACAGCAAAUCGAAAUGAAACUCUCCAAGUAAUAUAAAUCCAUUGACUUCAGUGGAUUUGCUUCUGACUGA